GACCAUUUCCAAGCAACAACAGGGGGUGGCUCAACUUACCCCACUCUCCCCUACUGUCAGGCAUGCUUCCUUGGCUACUGCAUAUAUGUGCCUUAUAAAUUGGCAAGAUUGGAUCUUUGGCAUGAUCGAGUUGUCCUGAGUAUUUGGGUGCUGCAUGUCUUCAUCACAAUGUGUCCUACUUUGAGCCCACUCAGUGAGAGAGCAGCAGAGAGUCGGCGGCGCUGUGAGGAUGCUGAGAGAUGCUGAGAGAUGCUGGGAUCUUCCGGCUCUGUUCCCUCCCGAUGCAGCGUGAGAUGCGCAUGUGACGACAAAAGCAACAUCAGGACCCGGCUUCUUCCUCUCUCACAGUACAGACAUCAAGACACAGGGAACAUCUCUACUGCCCAAGACGACGUUCAAAGGCAGAUCAGACCUGAAUUAGACAGGUCUGUGCGGCUGAACAGCACAGGGGUAAGUAUGUGUGUGUGAGUGUGUGAGUGUGUGUGUGCAUGUGUGAUGACGAGAGAGAGAGAGAGAGAGAGAGAGAGAGAGAGAGAGAGAGAGGUUUGGCUUAUUAUCGCAUGCAAGACUCCGGACAGUUGCAUAGGUCCUCCCACUGAUGUCUGCCUAUUUAUACGACCAGCAACGCUGCCGUGGGUCGUGAUAAGAGGACACGACUGGGAGACAGAGCUACACACCAUUACGCGGUAAGAGACCCUAAUCUUGGCCGAGUGUUGCGGAUGCCCGUGAGUGUGUGUUUGACCUAAAUUAUGCAAUGAUGGUGACACAGCCACUGUCGCAUGUGCUCCUUGUGCCUCAUUGGGUGCAGGAACCCGCUGCAUGUAGUCAGAGCAGCGUAAAGUGGGAGGUUUGAGCAUGUGGGUCUAUGAGGAUGAUGAGUGAGGAUGAUGGGUUAAGAGACUGCUACAUAGCUCCGCUCCUCCAGUAGCUUCUAAUGAUGCAACAUCCACAUUGUUGAAAUGUCGAGUGCAAAAGUAAAAGCUAAUUGUGUCGCUGACUUCCAGUCUGCUCUGUCUAAAUGAGCUGAUAUUGUAUAGAUGAGGCUGUAGAUGCGGGCCUGCCAAAACCAAACCACAUUUCAACCAAAGAUUUUAUUGUCUGACAAAAAAAAACAGAGUUAUUCAUAAUCAGACAUUUGUAUUUGGGAGAAUUCCUUCCUUUAGCAGUGAAAAAAAAAAAGAUAUCUGAUCUUUAACCAGACAACUUCCAUUCUUAGUGUCAUGGUUCGACUUAUAGGGUCACUUUCUCUCUAGGUCUGGCCAACAACAUUCAGUACAAUAUGUCCUUUAACACUGUACAUCCUCUCCACACAUGAUGCUAAACACAAUAAGCAUAUGUAGGCACAAUGAAGGGCAGGAGCACAACAACAAACCACAAAUGUUUUUACACUCAGGAGUUUACAUUUGGCUGUUAUCACAUUUUAGCUGUGGAUUUGUUAUAAUGUUUUGUGUCAAUGCAAUGAAACGUGCCUUUCGUAGUAAGUGAAAUUGCAUCACAUUUCAAAGACAAAGCACUACACAUACUUAAUAUUAGCAGCAUGGUUUUAAUAUCUUAAAAAUGUAUUGUCUAAAAGAGUAAAUUCUCUGUAUGGUGCAACAGAGCACAAUUGUUGGCACUAUGUGGAAUUUAAAUUUGUAAAGAGAACAACCACCGCAAGGUAUUUAUCAAUGAAAAAGCUUUUUAAAGUGAUGGGGGAGAUCUGGAAAAUUUGGUUUGAAUAUUUAGGGGAGUGUAUAACAGUUCCAUCUCCAGGUGACCAGUCAUACUGCUCUGAGAUUUACUGUUGUCAUUAGCUUUAAAGCAGCCAAAAACUCCUACAGAUGGGAAAAUGAAUACCGGCUCUUAAAGUUUCCAAGGUCUAAAUUUGACUUAGUUCUGAACUAAUGCUUCUUUUUGUUAACCACAAGGGGAGACUUCUUGUUAUUCUUACAUUUUCUUCAUUUCCAUGGUGGAUUUGGUUGACCAAAGAGGCCAACAUCUUAAAACCAGACCAGAAGCUUGUGAAUUAAAAUCCACUUGCAGAAAGAGACUAUUUUUUUAUGCAUGGGUCUAUGGCAGUGUAAAAUGAAGUUUGAGCAAAAUGUGAAAAUAAGAAGAGGAGAACACUGUUGGGUUAUUCGUCAACCAGGGGGACGACACUCUCCAAAGAGUGCAGGCAAUGUGUGGAAUCCCAGUGCUUUCAUUGAAAAGGGUAAACAAGCUGACGACCAAAGACAACCAGUUAGUCUACAGGAGCAGACAGGGAGAGGGGUAGACUGUAUUGGCUGCAGUGGAGACAUGAGAGUUAAGAUGAAAAGGACACUGAGCCAGAGUUUUGGGAUGUCAGACAAAAGCAGUGUGGGCAGUGUCAUAGUUAUGAAACAUGGGCAGUGGGCACUGUAGUGGGUAAUGUUUUGGCGGGAGUGUGUGUGAGUGUGUGUGUGGUUGUGGUGGCCACUGGGUAUGAGAGGAGGGGCUCUGAUGGUUUGGUCUGUCAGCAUGCCAGGACCACAUUCUCACCCUGCUUCUGUUGAAAGGGGUGGUAAAGACAUAAACAGGCCCAGUGGGAUUAGGGUCCACUCAGAGGAGUGAUCUGGGGGGAUUUGCUGCCCGGCGGGCACACAAAGGCACUGUCGUGUAACACACAAACACACACUACACAUGCUCAACGGCAACGUUUCACAACAGACCGAAGCCUACAUAAAUCUGAUUAGGACUCCCUUUUGUUUGGGAAGCGCACCGGGGUUAACACAGGCUAGCCCUGCCGCAGGCCUUGUUUGAUAGGACAAGGGGUGUGUAUGGACAUUGGCGGGACAGUAGAGAAAAAAAGUCAGUGAGGAACGUAGUGUUGUGGCGGGGUGUUUCCACGUGUGUGAAGCCCCAGACAGACAGGGAGGGUCAUAGCUGUGUGUGGAAGCACAAUAACAGGAUGGAUAAAGGUUGUUCAGUGUGCGUGUUUUAGUCAGCUGAUGGUGGACGGACACAGGAUCUAAGCUAACAUGAGACAACAACAACAUUGUCAGACACAAAGAGAACAAGCCGGUUUGAACCUGCUCAAAUAAUCUGACCUAGAAACAUGAAAGCAGUGGAAGCACAAAUGGGCCUCUGCUUUUAAUUGAAUAUCCAUUGGACGGAUACAGAAAUGUCUAGAACUUUCUUCAUAUUUUUAUCAUUCCUCCCCAGAGCCGGCUCUGGCCCAGGCUGUAGCCAUGCCUCUUCUGGAAGAGACCACUCUGCCACAGGAGCACCCACCCACUGUCCCUGUGGUCAUCAUAGGUAAACUUUUCCCCCUUUCCCCUGCCUUUCCCCUGUCUCUCACACUUGGCUCUGUUUACCAAAUAACAUCACGCAAACCUUUGUAAGGCCUGUCCAAUGUUGCACUCACUCUGCCUUCAUUUCAGGGAAUGGACCGUCAGGAAUUUGUCUGUCAUACCUUCUCAGUGGAUACAAGCCUUACCUGGAUACGGCAACUGUCCACCCAAACCCAAUACUCUACAGGAAACUCCAGGAGACCAAGCACCUACCCAUCACUGAACAAGUAACCACAUCUACAAUUCCUUGUGCUUAGAUUUGUGAUCAUGGUCAGGUGUAUCAUGGAUACUUUCUUUUGUAGGAUUUGGAAUAUUUGAGCGAAGGUCUUGAGGGGAGAUCAGGGAACCCAGUGGCUGUCCUUUUUGACACACUACUGCACCCCAAUGCUGACUUUGGCUAUGAGUUCCCCCCUGUACUCCAAUGGAGGAGGGAAAAGCAGCAUCACAUCCCACAUCUGGUGCUUGGGAGGGCAACACCUGGGGGAGCUUGGCAUGUAAGCAAUCCUUGUUGAGAUCAAUAUUUUCUGUCAAUCAACUCUUUUGUACUUUUGUCUUGUAUUUAUCUCUGCACUUCCCUUUGUAGGCAAUGCAAGGAUCCAUGCUGACUAUCAGUCUUGGUAUCUGGAUGGAGCUGCCUGGGGUGAACUACAGAGACUUGACCAAUGGGAAACGCAGGUACUGAAAGAUGACAAUGUUGCAGGACGUAGUUCAAUGAGCGGUUUUAUUCUGUAGUGCUUUUCCUAUACUUGUCCCCUUUCUCUGCAGGGAUGUGACCAGUGACAGAGCUACCCCUGAGGAGAUCUCAUCUUAUUACCGUAACUAUGUGAAGCUAAAGGGCCUCCAGAAGAACUUUGCUGACAACACAUACGUGACCUGUGUCCAGAAACUCUGCCGAGGGCAUGAGGGGGAGGGCCUUGAAAAUGGGCACACUGGACAAGAAAAUGGAGGGGUGGGUGAUGGUGGCAAUGAAGGCUUUGAGGGAAAUGGAGUUGAGUGUCUAAACAAAGGAGCAGGGGGUGCUCUCUGGGAAGUGAGAGGAUACCAACAGCUGCAGAACGACACUCAUGUCCCUUUCUCCGUGUUUGCUGAGAAUGUAGUUCUGGCCACCGGUGCAUCUGAUUCACCAGUCCGAUUAGGUGUGGAUGGUGAGGACCUGCCAUUUGUUUUCCACAGCAUCUCAGACCUGGGUUUGGCCAUAGGCCAAAGAAAACUGGAUUUAAAGUCUGAUCCCAUUCUAGUUGUUGGUGCUGGUUUGAGUGCUGCAGAUGCAGUUCUGUGUGCUUGUAACAGCAACAUUAGAGUGUUGCACGUCUUUCGUAAGAACGUAGACGACCCAGACCUCAUCUUCAAACAGCUGCCCAAAACCCUGUACCCAGAGUACCACAAAGUCUACAAUAUGAUGUGCUCCCAAACCUACAUCAAUGUACCCCCCUCCUCUGCCUCUAACAGACCCCAUACAGUGAGUAUUGCUUCCUCAGUAUGUGCCAAGAUGUGCCCAAAGCCCCAGCUUGCAGCAGGUAACAUGGCUGGUAAUUCCAGUGUUGGCCUGUUUCCUGACUACACCAGUUUUCCUGAACACUGUGUGGUCUCUUUCCAGUCUGAUAUGAAGUGUUUGAUUCAGGGGAACAACUCCCUCAAAGCAUUCAAGAUCUCCAUGGCUCUAGUGCUGAUUGGGACCAACCCAAACUUGUUUUUCUUGAAGGGGCAUGGACAGUACCUGGGUCAAGAUCCAACCAAGCCAGUCAGCUGCAAGCAGAACCCCAUUGACAUCCACCCCUACACUUUUGAGUGUACCAAGGAGCCAGGUCUGUUUGCCAUGGGCCCCCUUGUCGGAGACAACUUUGUUCGCUUUCUGAAGGGGGGCGCUUUGGGCAUUGCCUCCUGUCUGCUGAAGAGACUCAAGAAGAAAGGGAAGCUCAUCAGCAAUGGUGGAAAUAACUUCAUCUGAAAAAGUGAGGAGAGUUGUGCAUGCUGGUUAAAAUGCACAGGGUUAAAGCUUUCUAACUAACAGAUUUAUGAGGGGAAGGGAAAACCAGAGGUGUCAAAUGUUAAUAUCAUUGAUGCAGUGUUUUUUCAUCAAAGCUAAAGCAUUUUUUACAACUUUUCAAGACCAAAAAGACAGUGGAUGUAAUUAGUUUCAGAAGAAACAAGCUUUCAAAGAGUCUUGUCCGACUCCAUUAGAAGUCCAGAAAAGUUUAAGCUACCAUGUGCCAAUGUUUUAAAGUCAACUGUAACCUCAUGACAUAAUGGGACCUUUUUUUUUUUUUUUUUUUUCAGGGUUAUUUAUUCGUCUCUCAUGUGUCUCACAAUCUACUUGCCAACAAUUCUUUAAUGGCUGUUGUAGACUUCUCUGAAGUAAAGGCUACUACCGUCAUUCUCAUGAAUCUAAAGCUAAAUGUGAAAACAGUGCACUCUGGCAAACCUCACAAAGUUAAGAUCAUCCGAACUGAAAGUCACACAACAUGAAGUAGCGAGUGUUCGUAGUAGUGGAUGCACACAGGAUUGGUGUGAGGAAGGGUGACCCAAGUUCAUAGCUAAGCAAUCCAAGUGUUCGUGAUUGUUCUGAGGCUGAAUGUUUUGUUUUUUUUUAUUUAAAUUUUUUUCACUUUUGUCUUUUUUUAGCUGCUAGUGAAGGUAGUUUGAGCCAUAUACCUAAAAAAGCUAGAGUCUAAUAAAGUUAAGCUGUUGCUUUGGUGUAAUACUACAGGAAGGCUUUCUAUGCAAUUCAAAUACAGAUAUGAAUGUUUUCUUGGACACCCUUUACUUAUUUCUUAUUUCUAAGGAAAGUGUCAUGGAAAAAAAUACAUAUUAUUCAUAGGAUGACCUAUCCAGACUUGAAUAUUUUCUUCUGUUAUUUUUCCAUUUAGUAUGAGCUACUUACGAGGAAGAAGAGCCCUUUUAAAGUUUAAAUUGAGUAUAAGAAUCAACUUCAUAAGGGAUAACUUAAUUUACAUAAUAUUUGCCCAAAAAUGAUCUGUGCCUGAUUCUUGGGCUUGGAGACUUCUCAUUAAAUUAGCCCAUGCUUUGAAGUUUGUCACUUUAAUUCCUAAAUAUGGGUAUGGUUUUGGUAUUAAAGUUUUCUCAAGCAAUAAAAUGAGAGGGAUAGAAAAAAAGAUGAAUAAGCACCAUUACGGCCCACAGAAGGACUGAUUGUUAUUACAUCAUGGCUAAAUUUAAGUGAAAAUUAAUGCAGAUCUUACCUUUAUCAUCUUAACUUGACACUAUAAAUACACCAGUAAGUGCAAACCUCCCUAUACCUUGGCCAGUUGCCGCAGGCUUAACUGACUCCAGAUAUACAGAAAGAAAAUGUGAAAACAUUUAAUUUAAUAUUUAUUUUUAACUAACUAUUCAAACAUGCUCAGUUUUUUCUUUUUUUGCGAUUAGAUAACUUUAAUUUAACACGAACUAUUCUGUGAACUAACACUUAACACUGACAUAUAAGCUAUGUUUGAAAACUGUUCAUUCACGUUUUUUAUUGAAUGUCUAUUUAACUGUAGUCAUUUUAAAAGUUUGUAAUGUGUUAACAUCGCACACUUUUUUUUCUUUACCUAACACUACAGAGCAACUACAAAUCCAGACUUCUCUGAAGAUAUUUCAAAUUUUCACGAUUCACCAACACUGAUUUCUUUGCUCCCAACUUGCACAAACUGACUAAAGCGAAUAAAACAAAAUUUCAAUGAGUCGCUUAGUAAACAGCCUAAAUUACAAAUUACAAUAAGUGUGAGAUAAGACUUUUUACAGGUUUGGAGCAGUGAAAGUAGCAAUCCAUUUUUUCAUUCACUCCAUAUUUUCCACCCUUCAUACCCAUUUGCAGAUUUUUCUUCUGCACCCUCAAAAUACAGUUUCUGAGUCAGAGGGGGUAACACAUUACUGUGGUCAAAAUACUUUCUCUCUAGUAGUUAAACACACUGCUGUAUACAUUUUCUUCAUUAUAUAACUGACAUAUAGCAAAAAUGUGUCAAAUAUUGAAUUUCAGCUGAGUUAUACUUUCAUAGUUUUUGUUUGUUUUGAUAAAAAUAUCAAAAACAUGCAUGUAAGCAUGAACCACUGCCUAAGCAGCAGCAGCUGCUGUGAGCAGGAGGAAGAGAAGAGCUUUAAAGUAAAAGAGGAAAAAGAAACUGGAGAGGAGACAAGUCACCAAAAAAGUGAAGAUGUGAUUGUUUUUAAUCUUAAAGGAAAAUGAAAUAAGAUCCUGCUGUAUCUCGGUCUGACACUAGUACCCGUUGCUCUUAAAUCCAAGACCAAUCUGCUUGCUUAAUAAAGCAAAAACAGGUUUAAAGUGUGUCCAUUUGUCCACAUUUGCUUUCAGAUGGACACACUUUGCAUAGAACAAUGCGCUGAACUACUGAGAGUUAACAAGUCCCCAUUACUGCGGUGAUGUCUCCCUGAAACAUGCAUGUUUGAAUGCAAGUUACACUUUAACUUUUCUAACUUUACUCUAAAUUUUCUUUUGAAAAUGAUGCAGAUAGCAUGUGAAAGAACCGGUGAGGGUUUUAGGCGCUCCAUCAGUGGAGACAGACCUUAAUUUUGUUCACUUUGCACAACACACAAGAGUCCUCCUGUAUGAGAGCUGACACAUGACAUGAAUUCAACAGCUGGAAGUGGAUCUAGAAAACUACAUUUGUUAGUCAAUUUUCCUUUUUCUGAGCGACUUUCUGAGAAAUAAAAAUAAAAUGAACCCGAUCCAGCUGUUGAAAUUAACUGAUGUCUAAUAUGAUAAACCUUAAUAAUGAUUAAGUUACCAUUUAUCUGCAGCUUUCUAAAGUUUUUAACCUGGUUAUCUAUCCUGCGGUCACAGUCAACAGGCAGCAGCAGCAGACGCAUAGUUGCCACCGCAGUAAUGGCCGCUGUGCAACAGAAAUUGCUCGCCAUAUUUGUCUUGGUUACAUUUGUGCAGGUUUUUGAAAAGAAUAAAAGCAAGUUAACACAGAAAAACAUGUAAUCAUGUAAAAAACGUGUAAUCAAUCGCUCUGUUAUUACUAAAAGUAAUGAGCAAAAGAUCCCAUUCAAAACGCAGAAAUGGAUUGUAAACAGGUGUUUGUUUUUAUUUCUUUCUACGCCGAAUACCAUGUCAAACUCUUCGCUCAUGGAUGGCACUUGCCUUAAGUGUAGAUCCUCUGGCAUGACGACUACUAAUCCGAGCAACUUCAGAUCUGUAAAAGUGCCUAUCGGGUCAGCUGAUGGGUAAUACUUCACAGAGGAUCAAGUUGAAUCCUACUUUUACUUUCAAAUUCAGUCAAAACCAGGGAACACAUUGGGUCUUAACUUCAAAAUGAAGGAACAGCUGCUUUCAGCAUGUGGAGUUUUAUUGCUCUCUUGUACAACUGACAAGUUUUUAAUGUUUUGUAUGCUGCAUUUUUUAUUAUUGACAAAUAAAACGUUGGAAAAAAAACUCUGAACAUGAGACAGUUUUGUUACAUUUCCUGCUUCGGUGGCUUUGUUAAUAGGGAGGAUGCAGUUAUUACAAAUAAAGGAACAGGUUGAACAACAACACAUGCAAACCAAACUUAUUGUGUUGUAUUAUAAAGAGUUAGUUCAAUCAAAGCAGUGUCACUGCUGAAAUACAUUCUGUAGUCUUUUUUUAGAAGGGAUGGACAUACUUCCUGAAAUGACUUCCCUCUGCAGUCUUUCAACAUGGAGGCAUUUUAUCUUCUCUUGGAGAGUUUG